CAGCCUUUAUAAUACACAAACAAGUGGUAGCCCAUACUGCUCUGACGGGUAAAAGGAUGACCUAUAUAAGAUAAGCUGGUGACCUUGACACAGCGAAGAUGGAGAAGACAGGCCUCCUACAUGCACCAGCUGUGCUACAGCCAUCCAAAGAGGAGAUACACAAACUCUCCAAUGACUUAAAUCUGAAAUGUACAGCUGAAGAGGAAGAAGCUUUCUAUGACCACUACAAAGGGGUGUUGAAGUCCUACCAGACAGUAUAUGAGCUGCCUGAUCCACAAAUUCCUGUCCAUUACCCACGUCUUCCUGGACACCGGGAACAAUUCGAUAAUGCCUGGUACUGGAGAUGUGACAUAAGAGGAGCGGACACUGGGCUACUAGUCGGUAAGACGGUGGCUAUUAAAGACUCUAUUGCUGUGGCUGGGGUUCCUAUGAUGCAUGGCACCAAGCUACUGGAGGGCUAUACUCCCGAGUUUGACGCCACGGUCGUCACCAGAGUGCUGGACGCUGGUGGACACAUUAUUGGUAAGGCGGCCUGUGACGACAUGUGUCUUAGCGGGGGGUCCUGGUCCUCAUCCACUGGUCCUAUUGUCAACCCAAUGGACCCCACUAAGGAUGCUGGGGGCUCUAGCUCUGGAUGUGUAUCUCUGGUAGCACGAGGGUUAGUGGACAUGGCCAUUGGAGCUGACCAGGGAGGCUCUAUUCGUACCCCGGCCAGUUAUUGUGGUAUCGUCGGGAUGAAGCCGACGUAUGGUUUGAUCCCCUACACUGGGGCUAUGAGCGGGGCAGUGACGAUAGAUCACCUGGGACCAAUGACAAGGACUGUGGAGGACUGUGCCUUACUUCUAGAGGCCAUAGCAGGUUUCGAUGAUGACAAGGACCCGAGACAACGACCGAUCGAAUCCAUACCGCCAUAUUCUAAACUGUUUAGCGAGGACGUGUCGGGAAGGAAAGUGGGAGUUCUCAAGGAAGGCUUCCUAGGAGUGGAUGAUCAUGUCAAUAAAUGUGUUAGAGAUAAGUUGUCAAAACUCUCCGAUGCCGGGGUUGUGCUGAAGGAUGUAUCUAUACCUAUCCACAAUGUAGGGACAGACAUAUUUGUACCAAUCACGGUAGAGGGAUCCCAUGCCUGUGGAGCACUCGGACACGGAACUGGUUACUUAUGGAAGGGUUACUAUCCUGUGUCAUUGCAGGAAGCAAUGGCCAGAGGGUCCACGCUUCGGCCUUAUGACCUCCCGAUCAAUUUAAAGAUGAGAAGAAUUCUCGGUGAAUACAUGAGAAGAAAUUAUCAGAACAAAUUCUACGCCAGAUCACAAAACCUCGUCCCAGUGUUGAAAAAAGCUUACGAUGACGCACUCAAGGAUGUCGAUGUCCUCGUAAUGCCAACACUGUCAAAAACGGCAGGGGACCUACCUACUACUGACAGUUCAGCUCAAGAGAGACUGAAGGCUUGCAUGGAAAUAUCCAAUAAUCUGGCCUCAUUCGACGCUACUGGACACCCGGCGCUGUCCCUAAAUGCUGGUAAUUCUGAACUCACUGGACUUCCGGUCGGGAUACAGGUUGUCGGAAGACUUCACGAUGACCUCGUUGUGCUUCAAAUGGCGUACGCAAUCGAACGAACAUAGAAUAUAAUAUACAAUGUUGAAAAUCCUGGCUACGCCAAUGCGAUUCAUAAACUUUUUCAUAAUGAAAGACAAAACUGGCGAAAAAUUCGUUUAAUAAGUGUAAUUGAUUACAAUAAACGUAAAAACGUG